AUGAGAAACCCCGCCUUGCCCUGGCUACUAGUUGCUCAGGCUCUGGUCAUCACGGUGGCUCAGGACGCUGGCAAGUACGUCUACGAGAACAGAGACUUCACUAUGACUUACUAUGUGUACGAGGACCACAAACUCGAAUUUGCCUUCACGCUGAGUGGCGAACCCGAAACAAGGCGUCCCAAGCUCUCCGAUGCAAGCUUCGUUCCAAACCUUUCCCGUAGAACAUGGCAUCCCCUGCUUACCGCUGAUAGGACAGCAGAGUGCUCCCAUGAGCAAAACAGCGAGUACAACUACUGUCCCGGUGCUUGCUACGUCGCGUGGCCGUUCCCGUUAGCGGAGAAGGCGAGCUCUGUGUACAUCCUCCAGGACGAGCAUUCUCUGGGCUUUGAUGACUGGUACAACAGAAUCAAGUUCUUGCUAGCACACGCUCACCUUGUUGAGCCCGAAGACCUCAACCCUCUGGCGGAGAUCCAGCCUGGGGACUUGGUUACCUUGACCUACCACGGCAAGAACUCUAUCACCACGAGCUUCCGGAAGAGAGAGCUCAGGUUUAUGCGGGUGAUGUCUACCCUGCCGCCGGGUAAGUAUGUCUACAAGGGACCUCUCUUCAGUAUGACUUACGAUGUGAACAUGGAUCAUGAAGUUACAUUCUCCAUCUACGUGCCUAAGCCUCCGCGUCAUAGGGGUGAUAUACCGAAACCUGCUUCUAUUUCCCUUGGCCCGUACUUUCUACGAAGUGCUACUGGUUUCACUUACUAUCUCGACUUCGGGAAGCCUGGGCCCGGCGGGUAUCAUUGGCGUGUGGAGCUCGACCGCUUCCUCAGAAACACUGGCCUAAUGGAGUCUGACAAGGUCUACCCAUCUGAUCCUAGCCAAGAGUGGGAUCUUACAGUACUAACCUCUACAAGCACUAUCACGACCAACUUCCAAAAGAAAAGGAUCGAGUUCAAGAAGGUCGCACCCCACUAG